ACGAAGCACUUCUAGGGGACGAAGCGCAUCCGCAGCCCCAAGCUCGACUGACGAUCUCGUUGGAACUCCCGAGACGCCCGCCGAAACGCCUGAGGAGACCGACGACCUCGAAAACACUCCUCAGAUACAAGACGAGGUGUCCCACGAGAUGGAGACUGAAGUCCGGCCGGCGAAGAACCAGCGUAAGACUACUGCUGCAGUUCCAGGAUCCCAGGAGAUGGAGACGGAAGUCCGGCCGGUGAGGAACCAGCGUAAAAAUACUGCUGCAGUCCCGGAACCCAGCUCAGAAGACGAGGUGACCGACCGGCCGCCGAGGAACCAGCGCAAGACUGCUGCUGCUGCAGUCCCGGAAACCAGGCCGCUGGUGGCAGCGGCUCCUCCUAUCCGAACUCGGUCGCUUAGCCGAAGGGAGGAACGGAGUGUGACUUCUGAGGAGUAUCGUAAGAUCAGAGACCUGUACGAAGAGUUGCAAAAGUCCUACCAAACGCUCUACGAUGUGGGCGUCCAGGAGGGUAUCACCCGUUUCAACGAGUAUAAGCGCACCGCCGAGGAAAAGUUCCAGGCCUACGAGACAUGGAACACGAAACUCCAAGAACAAGUCGACACCCUCUCCGAAUCUGCCCAAACGGACGCCGUGGCCCACAAGGGUAGGGAGAAGGAGCUUAUGGGUGAGGUAAAGUCGCUCAAGGAGAAGAUACCAGCUUUAAUCCAAACCCACGAACAAACCAAAUCCCACCUCAUCACCACGCACGCCCAACAACGCAAACAAGACCUCGCCACCAUCCAUCGCCUCCAGCAGCACGACCGGUACCUCGUCACCGUCGAGCGCAUGGUGCGCAUGUACGAGAACCUCACGGGCCUGACCAUCCAGGCCGUCGAGGAGGGGAAGAGGCUGUGGAGUGUGGAUGAGGAGGCGUUUGUGCUUGGGGAGCAACGCGAGGAUGACGAGGAGGUGGAGGCGGUCGAGGUGCCGGUUGUGGUGUUUAGGUGUAGGCAGAAGGGGAGGAAUGCUGCCAUCGACUACACCCUAACGAUCCCCGACCAACCCAGCACCCUCCCGCCAAGCCCUAAAAAGGCCCAUCCCCAACCGAAAGCGAUGGUCUACGACCCCGUCGUGCGUCCAUCAGCACCUCAACAGCAACUUCCAGAUUUUUUGAUGCAGCCGUUGGGCUUUGAGCAGGAGGCUUGUGGGUUCUUGUUUUACAAGAUUAUGGAUUGUUUGAAUUGUGAGGGGGAUGAGAGUGGGGAGGAGGAAUUGGAAGGCGAGAGUGAUUGAGCCUGCUCCUUGGUUGCAGUGAUGGGUUCCGUGGAGGAGGUGUUGAUGGAAUCCCCAGCUGGGGAGGGAUGCGACCCGUGGUUUUGACCGGACGUGGAUCGGGCGGGGUACGGAAGCUGAGCAAGAUGGAGGGCUGGGGUGUACGAUAUGGAAGAAGUGUGAGAGAUAGACCUGGGUAUUGAAUAAUGAAUGUACAUGAGGAAUACACGUCGAGAGUUGCAUAGUGCUCCGAG